UGAGCAGAUACGACCAUUGGUAUCUGCCCGUGCAAGAACACUCUUGGCUGCCAAUGCGAAAGCUCUGAUCAGGCCGCCGAAAACGUCUCCACAUCCACUCCACAAACUUCCAUCCAACAAGGAAACGGCCUCGCAGCCCUCGCAGAAGCUGCGGCUUUCUGCUGCAGUCAGGCAGUCUCUGAGACGAUCAGUCAGCAAGUGUCUCCUUCCGCAUCGGACAAAACACGGAGGCGCCGGAAGCAGCCGCUCGAUUCUGUUUCCGGGCGCUCUUCUCCUCAAUUGGAAGUGGUUCAACACAAACGCUUCAAAUCGGUUAUGGCAAAUCCUGAGACGCCCACUUCGCCGGCGAAACCGCACAACUGCAUCCCCGAGCUCCCUCCUCUUCUGUAUAUGGGCGGUGACCCGUCUGCUUCUCCGUCGCUCGGUCGCCCGACACUACCUGUUUUCCCGCCGAUUCCGCCGCUCAGCGAGAUAACAUCGCUCGCCGGCUCAGGAUGCUGCUGCGGCGUGCAAUGCGCCUGUCCAGGUUGCGUGGAGCAUCGCGGCGAGGAGCACGCCUCGGAGGACUUUGACGACUGCGAUGACGCUUGCGGGACGUGCGUCGAUUACGAAGGGGGAUUCGAGCUCCCCUCUUCCACUUCUCGAAGUAUCUCUGGUUCGGGCAGCGGAGAAGUGCCUCGGACGACAGUCAUCGACGAAUUCUUUGCCCGGGCGGCGUCAUUGCCUAGGCCGCCGAGCAGGCGCAAGACGAGCUUGGAUGCGACGAACAUCACCGUGUACCCGCCGACAUUGUUCGUUGGCGCUCUCAAAGAGCGGGAGGAGCGCAGUGCGGCUUUCGGCCUUGUAUCGCUGCCGCCCUUGCGAUGCGGCUGUGCUGGAGGCUGUGGCUGCCCUGAGGGCCAAUGCGGAUGUGGUGACGGUUGUUCCGGUUGUUCCGAGGCUGAUCAGCAGGAGGAAGUCGUUGUGCGACGCUAACAUGAUGUUAUUGGCUUCCCGUGAGCCUCAUGGAUAUUUGUUUUGGUGCUAUGCGUUUGCUGUUGGAUACUGGGAUGUCGCCGUGAUAUCCAUGUUGUCUGUCUAUUCGAAAGCCAUGUUGUGAUUUCAUAUACAGUAGAAGCU